UUACAGUUUCCGCUUUCAUUUCAGAAGAAACCAAAAGACAGAAACGCAGAUUCGAGAGUAAUAGAAAAUAGACACACAGAUGUGCAGAUCGGCGCAGAAAUGUCCGGCUACUCUCCCAUUAUACAUUAUGCGACCAGUAUAUUAUGUAAUUACAAAGGAUCUAUGGAGAUAUCAGAAUUGCACCGGACAGUUUUAAAAAGCUUUGAAAUUACAGAAGACGAAUUUUGGUACAUAAUUAAAGGAUGUCCGAGGUUCACGGUGGUCCAGAGAAAACCCAGAGACGAGGAUGCGCAGCCUGACUGCAUCGUUGUCGCCAAAACAUCUUUGCGACUUUGCAAGAAAUAUUUAAAAAAUGAAUGUUACGACUGUCAGGAUUUACAUCUGUGCAAGUAUUUCGUUUAUGGGAAUUGCAGAUAUGGGAAAGGAAGGAAGGAGUGCAAGUUUUCUCAUAAUAUUCAGUCCAAGCAUAACUUCGCCCUGUUGCGAGAGUGCACACUUCAUGAACUAAAUGAAGAUGAUCUCUUCCUGCUUGUGUUACAGAAUGACCCUGCCCUGUUACCAGAGGUUUGUUCCCAUUACAGUAAAGGCACUGGGCUUUUCGGGGCCUGUACCUUUAUGGAACGCUGCACUAAGGUGCACAUUUGUCAGCACUUUGUGCAAGACGACUGUUUGUUCGGCCCGAAGUGCAAACGGCAGCACAGCAUCAACGAACACAGCCGCAGGAUGCUGGAGGAGCGAGGUCUUGGUGGAGACCUCAUCCGUGAUCUGCCUUACAUCUAUCAGAACGUUUACCGUCUGAAUUGUCAGACUCUUCAAAAUGAACUAAUAUCUGAGCCUAGGGUGAAUCCAGUCGCUCAGAUAGAGAAAACUGAAAUCUGUCUUCACUUUAUAAGAGGAAAAUGCAAGUUUCAGGACCAGUGUGUCCUUGUUCACUUUAAUCUUCCGUAUAAGUGGGAGGUUAACAAUGGAAAAUGUUGGAGAGAUUUGAGAAAUAUGGAGGAACUUGAAAAGGCUUACUGUGACCCCAAGAACGAGCGCAGUCCAGGUUCAAGACCGGUGGAUUUUAUAUCCAUGACCAGGGAUCAGAACCCUGUGCGCAGACUCUCGACAGUCUCUUCGGUGUCCAAACCCACCCACUACAUCUUGACCACAGAGUGGAUUUGGUACUACAAAGGGGAUCAUGAGAAUUGGAUAGAAUAUGGCCAACCGGACGAUAAACAACAUGUAACGUCUGUAACAUCCAAAGAGCUGGAGAAGGCUUAUUUGGAGGACAACACUGCAGUAAUCCGUGUGAAUAAGGGCAACAGGCAAUACUUUGUCAGUUUUCAAGAUAUGUAUCAAAGGAACCCCAAACACAACACAAAAAGAAAGGUUCGCAGACGGCCACGCUUUGUGUCUGUUUCCGAUGUGGAGAGCCAGGGUGCACAAUGACACACCCUGCAAACAAACACACAAUGUUUACAUACAUAAGAACAGACAUUGAAAAUACUGCGUUUUUUUAAUUCUUGUCAUUAUAUAUUGGGUAUAUAAGUCAAAUCAUACUUCAAUGAAUUCAAAAUGUUUCUGCUUUACAUAUAAAAGAUAUAGUUUAAAUGUUAUGCAUAUUCCACACUUUUUUACAUAGAUCUUUCUUUACAUUUCACCUUUGGCACAUCAGUAACAACAUUUUUUAAGUGCUUAUGAUUUAUUAUGGAACUAUGGCAUCAACCUACACAUAUUCAGAUACUGUGACGGUUUUGUCUUUUAUAUAUUUGUUUAUUGUGUCUGAAUUUGUCUGGUGUGCCUUUAGUAAAUGUGGGACCUUUAUGGGAUGACAUCCUUCAGCCCCCGGGGGUUCAGACUUGGACUUUCUUACCAUUAAUAAAAAGUCUCCCUGUUUUUUCAAA